UUCCGGAGUUGGAUCCCUGAGACAGAAUUGUUACUCUGUUGCGAAGGGAUACAUUCUAAUUUCGAAUUCUGCCUGGAUUUUUCGAACCCCGCGCAGUUCGUUGCUUUGUAUAUUCCGUGAUGUAGUAAUAACAAUGUUCUGGACAGCCGGUCUUUAUUCGUAUUUGCGAAAGUUACGUUAGGAGGUCGCUUUUAAUUUAGACACUUUACGGCUGUUGUUGUUUUCUUCCGGGAGAGAACUUCAUGCCCUUCAUCGCUGAUACGAUCAGUUAUUGGGUCCCAGUUAUUCUUUGGCUGUGAAGGAAGUUCAAACAAGAAUUGAAUGGAGAUCUACGGACUAUCCAGGUGUUUGCUACGUUCUUUCAAAGAGCGGGCCAUUCUUAAAGCCGGUCUCGUUAAUUUUUCAUCUUUUAAAUACGGUUCCAUGUGUAAGAUUUCAAAGUGUGUGUGUGAAACAAGAACAUCCGCACCGCAUGUAUGCGGAUUGGAAAUUCAUCCCCAACAUAUCUUCCAGUUCAGCUCAAGCAGCCAGUUAAUUAGUUGGCGAAACCGCAGUACAGACUCUUCACAAACAACACUUGUCAGUGUGAUUCCAGUAUUUUCUGUGAUGAGAUAUGACAGUGCUGGGAAUGUAAACUCCUUUGAACGAAAGAAGACAGAACUGUACCACGAACUUGGCCUUCAGGCUCGAGAUUUACGGUUUCAACAUUUAACAAGCAUUAAUACGAGGAACAAUUGUAUCAUCCUCAGAAUGGAGAUAAUAAAGGCUGUAAUUACUCCAGAGUAUCUUCUUAUCCUGGAUUAUCGACAAUCAAAUCUGGAGCAGUGGUUUUUGAAGGAUCUGGCAUUGCAAUUAACUGGAGAAGGUCAUCUGGUCACGCAUUCUUUGCCUUUUGAAUUCAGAGCCAUAGAAGCAAUACUUCAGCACAGGAUUAACUUUCUACAAUCAAAACUAAAUGAGUUACAGCCUCGGAUAUUAGAGACUUUAGAAGCCCUUGUGGAUCACAAACAACUUUCAAUUGAUCGAAGCAAGCUACAUGUGUUACUUCAAGCCAGUAAAAAUUUAUCUGAGUUGGAGACGGAUAUAAAGGUUUUCAAGGAGGCACUGCUAGAGAUUCUAGAUGAAGAGAAACAGAUAGAAGAGCUUUGUCUCAGCAAGUGGAAUGAGCAACAUGUUUGUCCUAGACAAUCUCAAGAGGAGAAACAUCUCAGCAUUUGCCACAUCAAGCCUCAUAAGAAUCAUAUAUGUUUCAAGAAGAUCACCUCUUAUUUUUCUAAACUCCAUGACCAGAGUAAUACGAGAAUUAAUCCUGCAGAAGAGAUGGAGUUGCUCCUCGAAAGCUAUUACCGACAAGCUGAAGAUUUGGCCAAUUCAGCACGAGAGCUGAAAGUGUUAAUAGAUGAUUCUGAGAGCAUCAUAUUUAUCAACUUAGACAGCCAUCGUAACGUGAUGAUGCGUUUGAAUCUUCAGUUGACAAUGGGAACAUUUUCAGUUUCCCUCUUUGGAAUUCUGGGAGUUGCCUUUGGUAUGAAUUUGGAAUCCUCCUUUGAAGAGGACCCCCGUCUCUUCUGGUUGAUAACUGGAAUAAUGUUUCUAGGGAGUGGACUAAUGUGGCGACGCUUACUUUCUUUUCUGGGCAGACACCUCGAGCCUUCAGCACCCCCUCCAAUGCCACCUCUCCUGAAAAAAUCACAGUUGAUUGGAGGAAGAAUUGACCUGAGACAUGGCUCCAAAUGAUGAACUUGCAGUUUUACCGGAAUGUUCUUAACCAUCUGUGCACAGCACUGGAAAUAUAGUUUGUGCAUAACACUUGCAACAUCAUCCACAAGAAUUAAUUAGAUUUAUAAAGCAAAACUUGUGCGUUGUGGAUCAAAGGGCCAAUGCUCCGAGGAUUAUUAUAAGUCCAUAGUAGGUGCAGUCACCCUCAGCUGCUGUUUUGGUAUCGGAGCUUAAAGCCUACAAUGACAGAAGCUGUGAGACAGCAGAAGAAAAUUACUUUCACAGCACAAUAAUUAUGUAUUGUCACAUUGAAGUUAGUUGUCCGGGAGGUUAAUAUUUCGUGUCAACUGUGCCUGGUAUUGGAAAUAAGAAUGAAGUAUACACCUUAUUUAUUUUAUCAUAAUUUAUCGUAAGUGAUCCAACACUGAAAUGCAUUAGUGGUAGAAUGUGAUAUUUGACACCUCGUAUAAUCUUUCUUUACCUGGGAUUUCUGGAUGAAUGAUUUAUGCUCCUGUUUUUGCCUGUUCUGCUGUUAACCAGCUGCUAAACAAUUCACAGUUAGCUUUGGGAGAUAUGAGUCAUUCUGCGAAUCCCCUUCCUUGACUAGUGUCCUUCAUCUUGUCCCCACUCGUGAGAGCGGAUAGAUUUUGGUACUUGAUGCAGGAGACUAGUUACACAGCCUGUGUAUGUUUUGCAAUGCCCUGGGCUGUUGAAGAAUAGUUAAUGUUACUUAUUUUAAAAAAGACUGUUGUACAGUGUGAAUAAAAUUGAAAACUGAGAAUAUAUUUUCAUAUAACCUAUGCUAAAUGUAAUCAUUCAGUAAUUUUGUAUAUACACGUCUUAUGACACUUUAGUCAAGACUAGUGACUAAUGCACCACCCUGUGAAUUUAUCCAGUGAGUGAGUAUUUUGAUACUAAUGUAGUUCCGUGCACUAGUGCAGUACAGAAUUACCUGCCUUUUUAAAAUUGAUUCCACAUUAUUUAUUUUGAUUGUCAUUUUUCCUUCCAAAUUGUAUCACUUCACAGAUCUUGGGAGUAAAUUUUAUCUGCUACUUUUUUAUUCAUUUAUGGAAUGUGGACAUCGCUGGCUGGGCCAGGAUUUAUUGCUCGCCCCUAAUUACCGAGGAAAGGGUUGUGGUGAGCAGCUGCCUUAAAAGCACUGCAGUCGUCACGACAAUACUGGUAGUCAGAGAGUUUAUGAUUUUGAUCCAGCAAAAUUGAAGUCUGUCACCAGUCCGUAUCCUCUUGAAAUCUGCUGCUAUCCUUUUCGGUCAGCUUCCAAGUCUCAAGUCACUUCCAAAGUUUUAAUUUAUGACCUGCGGACACAAGGCUGGAUCAUUUAACAAAUAGCAAUUUUGACUGGACACUGCUAUAUACACUUCCUUCCAGUCUGAGAAAUGGUAAUUCACCACUAUGCCCCCUCUAUACAGUUAAGUUUAUUUCCACAUUGCCAUUGCCCCCCUUAUCCUGUGGGUUUUUUUUAAACAAGUCUGUUGCACCUUUGAAAAAUUCACAUACACAACAUCAAUUGCACAACCCUCUGUUACUUCAUGAAAUAAUUCAAUUAAGUUUGUCAAAUACAAUUUUACUUCAAUAAAUUCAGGCUAACUAUAAAUGAGUAACACAUUUUUCCAAGAGACAAUUUUUUUUCCUGGAUUAUUGGGUCAAGAAGUUUCUCUUUAGUUACCUGGCUUAUCUCCCUGUUUUUUUUCCAACAGAGACGUAACAUUUCUACACUACUACCUCUGGCACACUGCAAUAUCUAGGGAGGAUUGGAAGAUCAUUGUCAUGGCUUCUGUUCUUUCCAUGAUUGAUGCUCUCAGUAAUCUAAGAUGUAUUCCAUCUGAAAUAGGAGGCUUUCUACUUUGAAUGCUGUCAACUUUUUAAGUGCCUCAUUUUAAAUCUAUCCAAUCUCUCUCAUAAUUCUUCUUUGAUUAAUGUUUAUUUUUAUGCAUAUGCAUUAUUUCUUGGAAUUUUCUUGUUUCGGUUUCUGACUUUUUGUUUAUAUAACAUAACAAAAUUCAUCAGCAAACUGAACUUGAGAACAACUUUCAGGUUAAUAGAGAGUUUUAAACAAAUGAAAUUGAUGCUGGAUUCCUCUUGGUUGAACUGACCUUUCCAAGCCUGAUAU